AAAUCAAAUCCAAAUCUCCCAAAUCCAAAACAAACCCUAAAAUCUGGAGGAGUAGAGAGAGGGAGCGAUGGACGCGCUGAGGAAGCAGCUGGACCAGCUCAUGGGGGCGAAUCGGAACGGCGACGUUCGGGAGGUGAAUCGCAAAUAUUACGAUCGCGAUGUGUGUCGCCUCUACCUGGUCGGACUCUGCCCCCACGAGCUUUUCCAAUUAACGAAAAUGGAUAUGGGACCCUGCCCCAAGGUUCACUCUCUGCAACUCAGAGAAGAAUACAAAGAAGCUAGGAAGCAAGGGACCGAUAACUAUGACAGAGACCUGGAGGAUGUCAUAGAUAGGCUCAUUGUUGAAUGUGAUCGGAAAAUUUCUAGAGCCCUUAAGCGCCUUGAGGAUGAUGAUGCGAAAGCCGCCAUUGCAAUUUCUGUCUCCGAGGUUACUCAGACACCGGAGAUACUUGAGUUGUCAAAGCAGAUCAAAGAGAAGCUUGAAGAAGCUGAUAGAUUCGAUCUUGAAGGGAAGACAGAUCUUAAGAUUCGAGCUCUGGAGAUAUUAGAAGAUCUCAGGGGAAAGAGAGCAGACAAACAGUCAACGCUUCUUUUGGAUGCUUUCAAUAAGGAUAGGGCAGCUUUACCUCAACCCCUGCCAAAUCCACCACCUUUGGCUCCGUUGCCUGUAGUUGUUCCUGACGCUCGUACACAGGAAAUGAUAAAUGAAAAGUUGAAGAAGGCAGAGGACCUUGGUGAGCAAGGAAUGGUUGAUGAGGCGCAAAAAGCGUUGGAAGAGGCCGAAGCACUGAAAAAGUUGCCUCCCAGGCAGGAGCCUGUCCUGGAUUCCUCCAAGUAUACUGCUGCUGAUGUGCGAAUUACGGAUCAAAAGCUGCGUGUCUGUGACAUCUGUGGAGCAUUUCUUAGUGUUUAUGACAGUGAUCGUCGUUUAGCUGAUCAUUUCGGUGGGAAACUUCAUUUAGGCUAUAUGCAAAUCCGUGAGAAGUUAGCAGAGCUGCAGGCAGAGAAAAACAAGAUUCGCAAGGUUGAUCGGUAUGAUGAAAGAAGAUCAAAAGAGAGAAGCAAGGAACGUGAUAGAGAACCUAGUAGGGACAGAGAACGCGGCGAUAGCCGCGACCGAGGGAGGGAUCUUGAUCGUAGGAGCAGAGAUCGAGAUAGGCACUAUGACCGUGAUCGUGGAGAGCGUGACAGAGAUUCAAACCGCUCCCGCAAUUAUGAUUCAAGAAGUCACCGUAGGUCACGCUCUCGGUCACGGGAACGUUCCAAGGAUUAUGAUCGCCACAGGCGUUACGACCGAUACUAGUUCUUGAUUUGAAGUAUGUGGAAAGAGGAUAUUUUGUAUUCCUGUCUAGGUCAGUUUUAAAACUUAUGUACCAAGAUGGUUUAAUGUUUCUUCCCAAGUUCUUUGUUUCGAGUUGAGCUUCUCCUCUGAUGGAUGUAAGGACUGCUUAGUUUUUCUCAACUUCGUAUUUAAGAGGUAUGCAUGAGAGGUAUGUUUUAUUGUCUUGAUAUAUCUUUAUUCACAUUUUCUUGAUAUUUGACUGAUCCUUGGCCAACAAAUAGAGAUGUAAAUCUUAAGAAAUCACUCCCUUGUUGAGAUUCAACGCCGUGUUAAAGACAUAUGUUGGUCAGCUACUUACAUUCAGUUGCCAUUGUUUAGUCUGAUCAAUACAUGUAGUGUUUGGAAAGGGUGAUGGGAUGAACCUAAUUUUUCAAGAAAUCAUCCAGAACUCUUUACAAAGAUGGAAGGUAAAAAUAAGAUUGCCUUGGUGCUAUGUGAUCCGGAUCUGUUCUAUCAAUCAUCUUCUGAGUUGUAGUUG